CUACAGCAAACAGUAGUAAACACUAAACAGUACCUGACAGUACAUUUAAGUCGUCAACAUCGUUAACUGUUGAAUUCGUUUACCCAUCGUUGACUAUCUAAGUAAAUCCAGUAAAAAACAAAAAAGAAAACAAUAGAACAAUUAUUGGCGUUGAAAACGAAAGUAGAAACAGUCUUUAGGAUGUCAGACAAACCAGGUCCAUCAAAAUCCAAUAUGAAUGUGGAAGCCUCUAAACAAAUGGAGAGAAUGAAAAAACUGCGACAAUUACACAGUCGUCGAAAUGAGGCUCGCCAGAAAAACCACCAAGAAGUUCUGGAGGAAAGUAAACGAAGCAAGCUACCUGCUAACUGGGAAGCGAAGAAGGCACGUGCUGACUGGAUUUUAGGAACUGAAGCCCAACGGCAAGAAGCAGCAAAACUUGGGAAAGAUUAUUCUCGCACAAAGCUGUUAGAGGUGGGAGCUGAUGAAGCUGAGCGUAAAGAAAGGAAAAACAGGAAGAAAAAUCCAGAUACAGGUUUUGCCGACUAUGAACAGGCAACAUUUCGUCAGUACUCAAGAUUGGUCCAAGAAAUCAAGCCUAAUAUGGAAGAGUAUGAAAAAGCUAGAACAGAUCUUGGAGAUGCUUUUUAUGCAGAAAAGAACACAAUAGUUCAUGGACUACACAAAGAUUCUCCUGAAGCCGUGAAUCGUAUGGUUGAAGAUUUACAUAAACAAAUCGAGAAGCGCGAGAAAUACAGUCGUCGUAGGCGUCAUGAUGAUGACGCCGAAAUUGACUACAUUAACGAGCGCAACAUGCGCUUCAAUAAGAAGCUGGAUCGAUUCUAUGGUGAAUUUACCACAGAAAUUAAACAGAAUCUGGAACGUGGUACGGCUGUUUAACGCAAACGCAAUGUGACUACAUGAUAAACAUUUCCGAAAAUACAGACCUUUUAAAGCAA